AGCAUUGUGGUGACCCGGGACCUGGGCUGGAUUAACGGGACGCGGGACAGAGGACAGGGCGCGCUCCCCAAGGGAAUAUCUGCGGACGACAUGACUUUGGCACUCCGGGAGUUUUUUCCUCUUGUGACAUGCACGGUCCUGAUGGUGGCCGUCCAGUGUGGGGCAGAUCGUCUUCCUCCACCAAGGCAGCUGUCAUACAGGUGGAACAACCCGUUUAAUCUUCGCCUGUAUUGGGAUACGCCGAAUCUGACGGGGGUCUGUCCGUUCAAGUAUGAAGUGCAUAGUUCACUGGAGACGGAGAAGAUGGCAGACAAUUUUUACAACACCUGUGUCACCACAGAGAACAUGGGUUCUGAUGGUUUGACGUUCACUGUGAAAACUGUCGCCAAGGAGGAAAAGUCAUCUUGUGAAUCGAGCACACCUUUGAACAUCACCAUUGAUCCAAAAGGCAAACUGGUGACAGACUUUGAAUGUCUGUUCUACUCCAAAAGGGCCAUGAACUGUUCCUGGACGCCAAAAAAUCCUUCUCUUGACCUGGAGGUUUUCUAUGGGUGGUGUAAGAAUGAAAAUAAAAAUAAAACCCUCUCAGCAUGUGAGCACCUUUACAGCGAAGGAACGAGAAGGGGCUGUCGCUUAAUAAUAGAGCACCUCACCAAUGAUGUCUGCAUACUGCUGAGAGGGACUCUGAAUGGCUUGUCUGUUGAGAACACCUUCAAACGCAGACCUACUUAUCACGUGAAAGCCCCUCCACCGAAGCUGACCGUCACAGAGGAAGGAGACAAGCUCAAGCUGAGCUGGACAGCUCCAGAUGUUGGACUAAAGGAAAACAGCUGGAGCUACAGCAUCAACUACAGCAAGUGUGGUUCACUUCAGAACCACACAGUGGAUGGAUACAGUCUCGAUGUGCCGUACGAUAAGAGAUGCCGUUACACCUUCCAAAUCAUGGGAAACAUCAAACGCGACUAUGGGAAAGGAGAGAGCCUCAUAAGUGAAGCUGUAACUCAUGGUGUGGAUGACUGGUCACUAACUGUGGCGAUUAUUCUUAUUCCGGCCAUUCUCUCCAUCUGUGUCAUCUUGUCCUGCUAUUGCUUGAGGAGGCACCGAGCCAUUAUUUGCCCCAUUGUGCCAGAUCCAUCGGUGAUAUUCAAGGAAAUGAUGAUGAACAGAAGCAGGGAACCGAAGACGACAAAGAAUCUGUACAUCCCCGUGCCAGAAGUCGUGGAGUCCUGCAACAUUGCGCUUGUGGCCGAGGCUGCCCCCCCUCAGCAAAACUCCUGACAGACAUGAACUGAUGUUUAGCAAUGCUGUCGAUGCCACAGCCCUCCCACCAUCCUGCCUGAGUAAGAGUGACAAUUUCAACACUUAUUCCUGAAGGUGGAAGUGGAGCAGCGCUGCUGAGGACUGUGAACUGAGUCCUGAAUCCAUGGAGCCACUUCAAAAAAAAAAAAGAAAAGAAGGCUGGGCACUUUUGGAACCUGAAAUGCUGUAUUUC